AUGGCCACCUCUAGUGGUGGUGAGCUUUGUAUCUUCAAGCAACACUCCAAAAGGGUACAUCCCUCAUCUUCUGCAAUGUUUUCUAAAGCAGAACAUGUCAGUUUUUCCUUGGAGAGAUUAGUUAUGAUUGAUAGAGAGGCUGAUCAACAAGAUCCUAUGAGCUUUUCUUCAAUGGAUGUCUCUUCGUCAAUCGAAAAAAGUAAAAGCGAUAAACCGAAGAAACGGAUGCGGAAACUUUAUAAUCGCAUGUCUGACAAUCAAAAAACAAUUGACAAUCAAAGGAGAUCGGAGCGGCGAAAAAAUAAAAAGAUGGAACAAAAUCAAGAUCAAAACGAAACCAACAAAAAACAGCGAGUGGAUUGGUUAUGUAGAGCUCUCCUAGAACCCAGUCAAGAAGAAGAUCAAAUUAUUCACCAUCCAUUUUGCUCGCCUUUACAUGAGCUGAAAAAUGUACCUUCAUGCACGUAUUGCGGAGCAAAGAAAUUUGAAUACGAGACGCCAAGCUUCUGCUGCCAAAGUGGAAAGAUCAAGCUGCAAACAACACGUCCCCCACAAGAAUUAUUUGAACUACUAACGUCAGAAUCAGAAGACGCUAUGGAAUUUCAAAAAAAUAUCAGACUCUAUAAUAACGUCUUCGCAUUCACCUCAUUUGGAGCACGCAUCGACAGAGAAUUGACAUCAAAUAAAUAUGGGGUUUACACUGUGCGAAUCCAAGGACAAGUGUACCAUUACUUACCUCAGAUAACACCUACAGAUGAAACCCCAAGGUAUUUCCAAUUGUAUUUCUAUGACAGCAUUAACGAAAUACAGCACAGGUUGAGUGCAGCAGGACCCAUUAAGUUGUGCGAGUCUGUGAUGUCAAAACAAUACAACGCUCCAACAGAAGAUGAUGUGGCAGGUAUAUGGGUGGAAGGAAAUAAUCCAGUCAUCCCUUCAAAAAGAGAAAUUGUAAUACAGUCACAUUCAGGAAAAGAUUACAGGGUUAUGCAUUUUUUUGGAUGUUAUGACCCAUUGGCAUAUCUGAUUCUUUGCCCAAAAGGAGAGAGUGGAUGGCAUCAAAACAUAAGGAUGCGUCAUACACCAAACGACACCGACAUCGAGUCAGACAUCGACUCAGACAAUGAAGAGGAUGGUUCUAAUUUGCAAACAGCAACCUCGACGGAAGGUAUUCUACAGCAAGAGGACAAAGGUGUCAAAAAGCCGAAUCCAAAAAAAGUAUCAUGUCGGGAGUACUACUGCUACAAUUGUCAAAUUAGAGAAAAUGGAAAUUCUCUACUACUAUUGACACAAAGACUGAUGCAACAAUUUGUGGUGGACAUGUACAUAAAGAUAGAAUCAACAAGGCUAGACUUCUUGCGAAAUAAGCAAUCUCAAAUACGAUGUGAAUUGUACCAAGGCAUUGUAGACUGUGUAAAAUCAGGAGAGACGAGAGGAAUGCAGGUGGGAAAAGAUCUUAUUCUCCCGGCGUCCUUCAUCGGAGGACCACGAGACAUGCGCCGCAGAUAUCUUGACGCAAUGGCUCUGGUACAAACAUAUGGAAAGCCAGACCUCUUCAUAACGAUUACAUGCAAUCCAGACUGGAAAGAAAUAAAAGAAGAGCUGCAAUUGAAUCAAACUGCACAAAAUAGACCGGACUUGACUUCAAGGGUAUUCCGAGCAAAGCUACAAGAUUUAAAAGAUCAACUUUAUAAAAAGACAAUAUUCGGAAGAGUAGCGGCCCACGUACGUGUCAUAGAAUUUCAAAAAAGAGGAUUGCCGCAUGCAUACAUGCUGAUCAUACUAAAACCUGGUCAUAAAAUAACCAGUCCAGACCAAUUUGACAAGUUCGUCAGUGCAGAAAUUCCAGAUAAAUAUGAAUAUCCAGAAUUACAUUCUUUGGUUGCAAAACACAUGAUGCACGGACCUUGCGGAGAGGAAAAUAAAAGUUCUCCCUGUAUGAUGAAGGAAAAUGCAGAUUCAAAUAUCCAAGGACUUACUCUUCAAAAACAAGUCAAGGAAAAGAUGGAUAUCCGGUCUACAAAAGAACAAACAACGGACGUCACAAAAAAAUAUAAGAAGCUAGACAACAGAUGGGUUGUGCCUUAUAAUCCUUACUUACUGACGAGAUACGACUGCCAUGUCAACGUAGAGAUUUGUUCAGGUAUGAAGGCGGUGAAAUACCUAUACAAAUAUAUCUACAAAGGACACGAUAAGGUUGCUGUAUAUAUUGCUCCAGAAGAUAACAACGACAGAGGUAUAGACGAAAUACGGCAAUUUCAAGAUGCAAGAUGGGUAUCAGCGCAGGAAGCUAUGUGGAGGAUAUUCGAGUUCGACCUCAACGAGAUACAUCCAGCGGUCGUGAACCUACAGCUACACCUACCCAACAAACAAAUGGUCUCAUACUGGAAACAUCAAAAUCUAGAAAAAUUAGUUGUUUGGGAUGACGCCACAAAGACUAUGCUGACGCAGUUUUUCAAAAAAUGCUCUGAAGACGAGCACGCUGAGGGAUUGCUCUACAGAGAAUUUCCACAACAUUAUGUAUGGAACAAAAUGUAUAAAAUGUGGGAAAGAAGGAAAAAGGGAAAUGUCAUCGGUCGGGUAAAUGCAGCAAAUCCAAUUGAAGGUGAAAGGUAUUAUAUGAGGCUCCUAUUAAGCCACGUCAAAGGACCAAAAUCAUUUGAAGAUCUGCUUACAGUGGAUGGCGCCAAAUGCAAUUCGUUCAAAGAGUCCGCAAUCAAGAGAAAUUUGCUCGAAUCAGAUCAAAGUGCAUCAGAAUGCAUGAGCGAGGCGGUGGCUUUCCAAAUGCCUACGGAGCUGAGAAGACUGUUUGCAAUUUUAUUGGUAUACUGCGAGCCAACAGACGUCAGGCAGCUAUGGGAUGAUUACAUUGAAGACAUGUGUGAAGAUUUCAAACGGCUCCAUGAAAAUUCGGUGGAAACACAAAUAUCAUUGACUAUAAAUAGCAUUCAAAAGCACUUGCAGAGCAUGGGAAAGGAUAUACAGAAUUACGAUUUGCCAAGAAUUCCAGAAAAUCAAGCACAACACCGGUCAAAAAAUAUAAGAGAGAUAGAAGAAGAAUUGGCAGUUGAAAUACCAGCUGAAGAUAUUGAUGCGGCAAAUAACCUAAACAGGGAGCAAACAUAUGCAUACAACACUAUACUAGAUAGAGCCAAAUCUAACACAAGUGGAGUAUUCUUUGUGGAUGGGCCUGGAGGAACUGGAAAAACAUUCUUAUACAAGGCAAUACUAGCGAAGAUCAGAUCAAGCGGUAUGAUAGCUUUAGCCACAGCAACUUCGGGAGUAGCAGCUGCAAUCAUGCCCGGAGGAAGGACAACCCAUUCCCGUUUCAGCAUCCCUCUCAAUGCAACAGAGACAACGGUGUGCGGCAUAUCAAAGCAAAGUGGAAAAGCAGAACUUUUAAGAAGAGCUAAGUUAAUCAUUUGGGAUGAGGCGCCGAUGGCCAAAAAAUUUGCAAUUGAAACAGUCGACCGAACCCUAAGGGACAUAAUGAGCUGUAAUGACCCUUUUGGAGGAAAGAUCAUCGUAUUUGGUGGAGAUUUCAGGCAAGUGCUACCCGUGGUACCAAAAGGAACAAGAGAACAGACAGUUACUGCAAGCCUUGUCAGAUCAUAUCUUUGGAAUAAAAUGGAAAAACUCAAACUAAGUACUAACAUGAGAGCAAGAUCGGAUUUAUCUUUUAGUCAAUUUUUACUUAGAGUGGGCAACGGAGAAGAGCCAACAACAGAAGAAGAUAAUAUAAGACUCCCAAAUGAGAUGAUAAUACCAUACAAUGCUAAAGAAGACAGCGAGACGACCUUGAUUAAUGCAGUAUUUCCUAAUCUGAAGGAUAAUUCAUCAUCACCGGAAUACAUGAUGAACAGGGCAAUACUGGCCACAAGGAAUGAAUUUGUUGACACCCUGAAUCGAAAGAUGAUAGACUUAUUUCCCGGCGAAACACAAAUAUAUAAUAGCUAUGAUCAGGCUGUGGAUGAUACAAAUAACUACUACCAGGAAGAAUUCUUAAAUACUCUGCUACCCAAUGGUCUUCCACCACAUAGACUUGAGCUGAAAAUUAACUGCCCGAUAAUACUACUGAGGAAUUUAGACGCGGCAAACGGUCUGUGCAAUGGACAAGAAUGGUAUGCAAAAAGUUCGACAAAAAUGUUAUACAUGCAGAAAUAACGGUCGGCCAGCAUGGAGGAAAACAAGUUUUAUUACCAAGAAUUCCUUUAUCGCCGACAGAAAAUGAAGGAUACCCAUUUCACUUCAAAAGAAAGCAAUUCCCAAUAAGAUUAUGCUUUGCAAUGACGAUCAACAAGGCACAAGGACAAACCAUACCAAACGUCGGAGUUUACAUGCCGCAGGAUGUAUUCUCGCAUGGACAGCUUUAUGUGGCAUUAUCAAGAGGAGUGUCAGCAUCGACCACUAAAAUAUUGGUCAAGACGGAUAAGCCAAAUAAAAAGAAAGACACGUAUACAAAAAAUGUGGUCUACAAAGAAGUUUUCAACUCUGAAAGUGAGCCGGUGUACUAAUAAAGAAGAUGUACCUUAUAAAACUAAUAAUUAUUAGCUUUUAUA